AUGGAUUUAGCCAUUAUCACAGAUCCCUCCUAUACGAAUAUUUAAUUUAAGUAAACUAAGGAACGCAGAUUCCCCUCAUAGACAGUAUUGACGAGAAAGAGAGUAAUUUCCAGAAAUUAAAAGCUUGAUCCUCUUUAUACAACUUAGACAGGGGAAAAUAGACAAGAAGGUACUCAGAGCAAUUAAUGGGCUAAACCAAAUAUGACUCUUUAAGGAUCCCCUGUAAACUUCAGCGAGAACAAGCUUAAGUAAAGCCUCAUUCUCAACUAAGAAAAGCAAAAUCAUAGAAUUAAAACGUAACAUAAUAGAAUAAAUAAUCGCUUCUUUAUUAGUUAAAAGCAGGCAAAGGUUGAUGGCUCUUCUUAAAAUAACAGUAAAUCUCCUUGCAAGAAGAUUAAUUUAGACAUAAGUCAUGUGAAUGCAUAUUAGCAGAUGAAAAACGAAAAGCAAAUGAAGAGGUAACUGAUAUAAGCGAGUCUCAACGAGGCAAAGAAGAAUAUCCCAGCCAUUUCCCAAAAGAUAAUGGAGCAUUCUCCAACACCUAAGUAUAGAAAUCAUAAAGAGUUUGUAGAAAUGAUGGCUCAGUACCCAAAUCUAUCAUUGUAUGAAAAAUUGCAUCUAGAUGGAUCCGGCUUACAUCCUCUCAGUAGGGUUGACGAAGAGCCAAGCAGACUUAAUAUCUCCAAAAGUCAUUCCUCUCUGACUAAGACACUCAGAGAAAGGUACUAAUUUGAAUUACUUAUCAAAGCAUCUCAGAAUAAAAAGGACAAAGAUCUGCCUAAGCAAAUCAUGGAUGACUCGUCUAUGUAUCAAUCUCAGAAAGAUUUCAUGAAUGCCAACAAGAACUUACUAAAGUCAAAAUUUUCACAUUCCUACAAGGAUAGGCUUACGAAGUUCAGAAAGCUUAUUUUCAACAUUAAGAAUCAGCUUAAGCUGCAUGAGAAGCCUGAGACUGAAUCCAAUGAGAAUGAAUCGGUGAUUCAUCAUUAGUACCUACUAAAUAGCGAUUAGGAAAAACUGAUAAGAGGGUUUUUGCAGAAGUACAUGACCUCUGAAGAGAUGAGAAGCGUGCAUAGUUCUCACAUCUAGCAAUUCAUGGACAUUAUCUCAAGUGAUAGUGAUGAGCUUAUUUAAAAGGAGUUAGAGUCUAAGAGUUUUCAAGACCUUUUUCAAUUCCUUUUAUUUGGAACUAAUUUUGGCAAUAACUUAGCAAACAUGUCCUAGCUCUAUUAAAAUUCAGUAGAUCAAUCACAGAUGAGUAUCGGCGAGAGCUUUAUCUAGUCUCAGAGCAAAUAAAAUUAUCAGUCAAAUACUUAAGUUUCCUUUCUUGCAAAGUAACAACUACAUUAGCAGCAUAUUCCAGGUCUAAUUGGAUAAAAUACAAAUAGAUAUAGGAAUUUAGCAAAGAAUCAGAGUAUGAAGACAUUUUAAGAUUGUGUAGAUCAGUUUAAAAAAGAAUUCGUAUCUGAUUAUGAGACUUGGCAGAGUAAACUUGACCAAAAUGAGAAAAUGACAAAGAUCUAUCAGAAAAUUAAUCAGCAGUCUAACUACUCUGAAUAAGAGCACAAGAGAGUCCUACAAGAAUACAUUAAGAACAAUAAAAAGAUUUUAGGAACUGAGAUCGUGAUGCCCUCAGUCGAAAGGGAUGCUGCUUAAUAGAAUGUUUCCACUAAUUCUAUUAACUUUGGCUAUGCUGGUAUGAACAUUACCAAGUACAACAGAGAGAGUCCAAAUAAAAAGAAGCUAGGCACAGUCAAGGAAGAGGAGGAGAAUAUUGGAGUGCUCAGAAGAAACAAACUACUGCUAGAGCAUGUUGUCAUCAAUAGGCAUAAAUCGCUGAGCACAUUGGUCGAAGAGCAAGGAUAUGUGCCUAAGAAACUUACAACUAACAUCGGAAAUUCAGCUAAGAAGAAUGUAAUAGAUGUAGACAUUAUGGAAUUAGAAAAGUAUAUAAAAAACAAGUCGAGCUUUACUGAUAACCAACUUAAAUUGAAUUACAAUAAAUGA